GAAGCUGAAUAUGGUGGGCAUGAUCAGAUAGAUUUGUAUGAUGAUGUCAUCUCUCCAUCCGCAAAUAAUGGAGAUGCACCAGAAGACCGGGAUUACAUGGAUACUCUCCCACCAGCUGUUGGUGAUGAUGUGGGUAAAGGAGCAGCACCAAAUGUUGUCUAUACAUAUACGGGAAAGAGAAUUGCAUUAUACAUUGGAAAUCUAACAUGGUGGACAACAGAUGAAGACUUAACUGAAGCAGUGCAUUCUUUGGGAGUAAAUGAUAUUUUGGAGAUAAAGUUUUUGGAAAACCGGGCAAAUGGCCAAUCAAAGGGGUUUGCCCUUGUUGGUGUUGGAUCUGAAGCAUCCUCAAAAAAGUUAAUGGAUCUGUUGCCUAAAAGAGAACUUCAUGGUCAGAAUCCUGUUGUAACUCCAUGCAAUAAACAGUUCCUGAGUCAGUUUGAAAUGCAGUCCAGGAAAACUACACAAUCAGGACAAAUGUCUGGGGAAGGUAAAGCUGGUCCUCCAGGAGGCAGUUCACGUGCAGCAUUUCCACAAGGUGGUAGAGGACGGGGCCGUUUUCCAGGGGCUGUUCCCGGUGGGGACAGAUUUCCUGGGCCAGCAGGACCAGGAGGGCCACCCCCACCUUUUCCAGGAAAUUUGAUCAAGCAUCUUGUUAAAGGAACUCGGCCUUUGUUCCUGGAAACUAGGAUUCCAUGGCAUAUGGGGCACAGCAUAGAGGAAAUACCCAUUUUUGGCCUAAAAGCUGGACAGACUCCACCACGUCCACCCUUAGGUCCUCCAGGCCCACCUGGUCCACCAGGUCCACCUCCACCUGGUCAGGUUCUGCCACCUCCUUUAGCUGGGCCUCCUAAUCGAGGAGAUCGCCCUCCACCGCCAGUUCUUUUUCCUGGACAACCUUUUGGGCAGCCUCCUUUGGGUCCGCUUCCUCCUGGUCCUCCACCUCCAGUUCCAGGCUACGGCCCCCCUCCUGGUCCACCACCUCCACAACAGGGACCACCUCCACCUCCAGGCCCCUUUCCACCUCGUCCACCUGGUCCUCUUGGGCCACCCCUUACACUUGCUCCUCCUCCGCAUCUUCCUGGACCACCUCCAGGUGCCCCACCGCCAGCUCCACAUGUGAACCCAGCUUUCUUUCCUCCACCAACUAACAGCGGCAUGCCUACAUCAGAUAGUCGGGGUCCACCACCAACAGAUCCAUAUGGCCGACCUCCGCCAUAUGAUAGGGGUGACUAUGGGCCUCCUGGAAGGGAAAUGGAUACGGCAAGAACUCCACUGAGUGAAGCUGAGUUUGAAGAAAUCAUGAAUAGAAAUAGGGCAAUCUCAAGCAGUGCUAUUUCAAGAGCCGUGUCUGAUGCCAGCGCUGGUGAUUAUGGGAGUGCAAUUGAGACAUUGGUAACUGCAAUUUCUUUAAUUAAACAAUCCAAAGUAUCUGCUGAUGAUCGUUGCAAAGUUCUUAUUAGCUCUUUGCAAUUUUGCCUUCAUGGAAUUGAAUCCAAGUCUUAUGGUUCUGGAUCAAGAAGACGUGAACGAUCAAGAGAGAGGGACCAUAGUAGAUCAGGAGAAAAGCGUCGGCGCCAUAAAUCCCGCAGUAGAGAUCGUCAUGAUGAUUAUUAUAGAGAGAGAAGCAGAGAAAGAGAGAGACACCGUGACCGAGAUCGGGACCGAGACCGAGAGCGUGACCGAGAGCGCGAGUAUCGUCAUCGUUAGAAGCUGAAGGAAGAGGAACACCUUCCAAGACAAAACAGUCUUCAUGAGGGAAACAUGACGCUUGUCCAGCAGUUUGCUUCUUGUGAUUGAACUGAACGUGUAAGGAUUCAUGGAUAAAAUGAACAGGAAUAGAUCUGAAUAAAGCAAAUCUGCAUAAAUGGUAACCAGUAGCUCCUUUUCUUUUUUAUGUUGCUUAACUGUUUUUAUUUGAGGAAAACCUGUGUGAUUUAAAAGUUAAAGCUUUUGCAACUUUAUUACUGGUUAUAUACUUUUUGGCCAUUAUAAUGUGCAAGCAAUUGAAACAAAUGUCAAGUAAAUGCUUGUUUUUAUAGUAGUUUGUUCUUGUUAAAAAUGUUCAUAUGAUAAUGUCUGUAAACAGCACCACUUUGAUUACAAUAGAUGUAGUGUUGUAAUAAACUGUUUAAUGGGGCUGAUGUGUAAAGCUGUUCAAGUUAUUUGAUGUUUACACCUCAGGGAAAGUCUUGUGUUUAGCAAUAUCUAAAGAUAAUGUUACUAUGACAUUUAUACUGUCCUCUAAAAAGGCGUUGCAAUAGCAUUUUUGGAUAUGCAUCAAUCUAAUCUUGCAUUCAGUCAAUUAAACAUACUAAUUAAGUGUCUGUUGCCCUUGGUUUGAUAUUAGGAUAGGUUAUUACACGGAUAUUUAAUAUUUCUAUAUUCUGCUUUUCUAGCUCUUUUUACCUAGUUAGCUUGUGGUUUUGCUGAAUGGUAUGUAAACCUAUAAAAACUGAAAUUUCACAGACAGCAAUUCAGGCAAUGUGUUGGGGUCAAAACAAUUUUGUGGUUUUAACAAUUUAGUUAAAAUCCAUGCAUUAUUUGCUACAGUAAUGCAGCUUAAGUCACAACACAAAUGUACUGAAAUGCUUAAUUGUAAACUUCUGGUAUUGAAGAAAUAUUUUGACAAUUUCUAUUUGAUGCGGCAAUUACUUGUGGUUUUAUAUUGAUAGUGCUUAUGGUUAAUUUUUGAAGCCAUGGGCAAUGUAAAUACAGUCAUGCAGCAGACAUAUUUGAGUAAAGAGAGCCUUAGUUUUAUUUUCUGGUUACUAUAUAGAUUUCUGAAGGGUGUGAUGUUUAUUAACAUCAGGUUGUAUUCUCCCAAAUGUGUAAUGGGAGAUUAUAGGUAUACCCUAUCUAUCUCCAUAGUUAAAGAAUUCUGUGUAUUUUUAUGCAACCUAUUGAUUCAUGCUAGAGUUACUUGGUUAAUCAAAGAUUUUUUUUUUCAAACCUGCCUUGCAUAAAGGCCCACAGUAUAAGCACUUGCCUAGCAUAUGUUCUUAAUUGCAACAUUAGCAUAGGCAGUGUCACCUUGAUUAGCUAUUUUACAGGAAGGUUAUUCUGAAUCACUACAGAAAUUUGAGUGAAAAUCCUUAAGCAGGUUAUAAAUUAUUUUUAAGAUAUGAUUAUCUUUGAGAGGUCUUCUGAUAAUACACAUUGGUUUUUUAAAAGUAUCGCCAAAUUUUAGGACAAUGCUUAAAGUUUAGGUACCCUAGAUAUUAUGUCAUGUGCAACUUUAGAACCCUCCUGAGAUUUGCACUGCAGUUCUUCACUUAAUCUGUGUGCUGUCACACUAGUUCUUUCAAAAUUAACUGUUUCAAAUUCAUAUUACUGCCAGUUUUAUUUUAAAACAAUUUGUUGAGUUUUCAUGCAUGGGAUCAUUGGUGUUUAUCAGAACUCUUUGCUCUCAAAUUUUUAAAGUGUUUUAUCUUGUUGAAAUGCACUUGCCUUUUAAACAUUUGAGAGUUGUAUCAAAAUCGAUUUUCUUGUUUUGUAUAUAGGUGUUUUUUCAUUUUUGUCAUUUCCUAGUUUUUUAUAUUUUAAUUAUAAUGCCCUAAUGCAAAAUACGGACAUAAAUCUAUUACAAGGGAAAUUAGUUAAUAGUGAUCUUAAAAGGUAAGUAAGUAUCCAUGUGAAUAAACAUUUCUCUGAACAAUGUUAAAAUGGAAUCAUAGAAAUCUAACUGUUUGAACUUGAAAUGAAACUGGAAAUUUUAUGCUAAUUAAAUCCUUCAUUUACUUUCUCACUUUUUAUCAGUGGAACCCUUUAAUUGCUCAUUCUGUGUCACUCUUCUCCCUACAUGGCUUAUCUCAUUAUUUGACUUAUUGCAGACAGUGUGAGUGUACUAGAAUUGCUUGCUACUAGUUCAUUAUUUUUUAAGUGUCAUCAGAAGGAAAUAACUUUUUGGUUUGACUAAUUAAAUUUCACAGUCUUGUUCUAUCUGAUAACACAUGAAUGUACAGCUGUAAAGGUGAAAAUUGCAAUCCUUGUUUUAUUUAUAUCCCUUCUGUUGUUUAUGGGCUGAUGUGAUUUUUAAAAAAAAAUUUUUUUAUGUAUAAAAACAAUCCAAAGAGAUAAGUCUUUAUUUACAUAGACACCAAAAAAAGAGAGAGAGAGAGAGAGAGAGAGUCCGGAGACCUUUCAAUUUUUUCUUAGUUACAGUGGAUAUGAAAACAAACGUGAGUUUUAUUUUAAACCAUAGCAUUUAUUAGUGCUAUGCAGUCACAUUCCUUUCAGUCAGUAAAGUUAUGUGAGUGAUACAGCACCUGAAUGGUAUUGCUUCCUGAAGCAACACUUUGAAUUGAAGUGUGCUGCUUUUAGUUAAAGGACAUUUGUUGUAGAAAGAAUAUUCCAGUGUAAAUUUGGAAGUGUUUAUUUGGUCAGUUUUCAUAAGCAAGAUUUGGACUAAGUUGAGGUGGCUGGUGAUCAUAGUUUAGUCCAUUUAAUGUUCCCUUUACCUCACAUAUUCUUAAGCAGUUAACUACAAUUUGGAGUUCACAAGUAACUUAUGGAUUGUAGCUUAAAGUAUUUUUUUUUUUAAUUUAAUUCUCCCGUGGAGAACAUUGCUGGUUUUUUUGUUUUUGUUUUUUUUGGGUUUUUUUUUAGUUUAAGGUCAGUUCUUAAACACAGGUUUUAAUGAAUGUUGUAUAACAUUUUAUAGUGAAAGGGGAAAAUUGUUGGAAGGGUAAAGACUUUCCCUUACAUAUUUAAAUGUGCCAAUAAUUAAAUAAAUACAUAUUGUUUUAUACAAUGAGAUGCUACUACAAGACUUUCUGUUGGAGUGCUCUCGACAUUUUGGUUUUUAUUACCUGAAUGAUCAUUGCAUUUUCUGUAUCUUAUAAGAUGGCCCCAAUUUUGUGUUUUAAUGUUCAGUCUGUUAUUUUCAGAGAAAGUUUAUGUUCUGAAUCUUUACCAAGAAUAUAGUAUUGAAAUUCUUGGCGCUUUGCAGAUACCUGCCCUUUAAAUUUUAAUUCAUUAAGUUCAUUUGCAUCCCAUAGCCGUCUGUAAAUGUUUCCCACAGUUGUAUGUACUUAAAUGCACGCUUAUCCAUUGUACAUAUCUGACAUUUUUGUGCUAAAAUACAUUAAGUGGGGAUUUUGUAGCAAAGCAUUCUAUUUUUCUGUUCUUAAAGUGUGUGUGUUGUUGUUUUAUUUUAUUUUUUUACAUUAAUCUUCAGUUUAAACACUGGUGUAUUUUUUUUAGCAACUUGACUCUUAGAAGCCUUAGACUAAUUUUUAAAUAAAUAUUCAACCAAAAAUUAUAAAUUUAUUAAGAUGUGGCCUUACAUAUAGCAUUCCUUGUGUUAGUAAUGUGAAAGUUUUAAUUUAGAGAAAUCAGAAGAUUCAGGAUUAAAGUUUCAUUAAGUUGAAAUAGAAAAUGUGCUAAAAUGUCUAGGCUUCUGGGAGGAAGUUCUUAAUAUACUCUUCUUUCUUGGCAUUAGAAAGAAGCAAUGUGAAUUUUUAUGAAUAUUCAAAAUAUUCAGGCAAUUGUAUCCUGUUCAGAUUAAUUUAGAUUUGUCUUAACCAAUGUUUCUUUAAAAUUUCAGGUUUUUGGCAUUCGCUCUGAGUAUGCAGCUAGUAUGGUUUUUAAUGUUUUAAAGACUUCCUGCUAUAUGAAAAUUGUAAUGGGAGUCUUUUAAAAUAUUAGGUAGAAUUUCAUUGAAAUCACACAAAUCUUAAAAUGUUAUCUGCGGAUAGUAUAUACUACAGAGAGUUUUCCAUUCCGUGUGUGAGUAUUCUAAAACUCUGCCAUGGGUGUAAAUGUUUUACAUUAAUUUCAUAAUUAGACUCAUAAAUGAAAUUAAACAUUUCAUUUUGAAGAUUUUUCUUUCUUGUUACAUUGUUACUACGUAACACUUCUCAGCAUUUUGUAAGUUAUUUUAAAAUACAAUGGUGGAUUCAUGUUUAUUUUUUUAUGUUGAAAAUUGAAGUACUCAGGUGGUAUUUAAUGGGAAAGGAAUCUUUGGGGUAAUAGUGUAUUCUAAGGAAUGCAUCUAUAACAUUGAUGACUUUAGCCUUAAAAAAAAGGUCUAUUAUUCCUUCUUCCUCUUCAUUCAUUGGUAUAUUAGCAAAGUAGUUUACAGCCUUGUACAGCCUUACAGAGUUGUUUUACAAUUUUGAUGGAAAGACCUUAAAAAAAUUGUAUCAUAUUCCAGUAUCCAUGAAUUACUGAAUCAUGGUUUGUAAAUAAUUUGUCUAAUACCAGAAGGCCAAAGAAAGUCUUGAAAUUUUAGCUGUUGAGACUCUAUGGUGACUUCACACAAUAAGAUUUCUGUGCAAAAGGUAAGGUAAUCAAAUGACAUAUUUUUGGUGUCCAGGAUAACUAGACUUCCAUAUUUGCUUCUACUAAAAAGCUCAUUCCAUUUUAUUAAGAUGUUUGUAAUUGCAAUUUUAUGUUUAAUGUUUACUUUCUUUCUUUAGCAUUUAGGUGAUUGUUCAGCAGUUUGCUAUAUGGCCAUUGUUGGCCUUAAACUGCACUAGUAACAAGCAUGGUAUUUAUCUUGUAUUGAAAAUAAACCAGUUUUGAUAAUA